AAAAAGUUGGAAAUCCGGGCCGCACAAAGAAAAGAAAAUACCAGUAGGAGUUUUAGUUGAAUGUAAAUGUAUGGACACCAAUUCAAGCGUUAGUAUUCAUCAAACAUGAAUACAGCUUCUUCUUCCUCUAUCCUUUCUCUCUCUUCUUCUUCCUCUUUCUUCAUUAACAGAACACCAUCUACAAACAGAGCAUCAUGCGUUUCUUCACCUCAAAAAUGUUCAUCGUAUCAUCGUAAGUUUCAAGUAAGAGCUGUUAGAGAUAAAACUAAGGAUAUCCCAACAUCACCUCCUCCUUCUUCUUCGUCAGCAGAGGAUAUUACUAAGAAAUAUGGACUUGAAGCUGGUCUGUGGAAGAUAUUUAGCUCAAAGGAAGAUGAAGAAGGGAAGAGACAGAAAUCAAAAGGAGAAGAAGCGAAGGAGCUGCUGGCAAAAUAUGGAGGAGCAUACUUGGCCACUUCAAUAACUUUGUCUCUGAUUUCCUUUACAUUAUGUUAUGCUCUUAUUAGUGCUGGUGUUGAUGUCUCGGCCUUGCUUCAGAAGGUGGGAAUUGCAUCAAAUGAAACAGGAGAGAAAGUAGGGACAUUUGCCCUGGCAUAUGCAGCUCACAAGGCCGCGUCCCCGAUAAGGUUUCCGCCUACGGUUGCUCUUACUCCCAUUGUUGCCUCCUGGAUUGGCAAGAAAGUUGACAAAGAUAACUGAGCUAUCCUCGUCACUUUGUACAUCUUUCAAACAUCCUAUUUUCUUCAUUAUUGUGUAAUUAUAUAGAGUAUGUCACUGGAUAUAUAUGUAUGGAUAUGGAAAUUUCUAGCAGAUUAAACUCUUUUGACACCAUUGUAACUUUACAAUUCACAUAAACGAAUCCCCUUUUCUGUCGAAUA